CGGAUGUACUUACGACAAAGGCUUUUACCGCCCCUCAUUCAUGUUCAACGGGCCGUGCAGGAAAGGAAAAUCCUGUUUCUUGAGAGUCGGCCGACCAUAGAUUGACGCCGCUUCUGCCCACACAUCGUAUACCUAUGAAUGAAAAUUAGAACAAAAAUAGACUUUACGAAUGAUGUCCUUUCAAAUGUGAGUCAUUCAAGAACUGUAGCAUAUAAAUAGGGGAGACCAAAAGCUCGCUGAUCAAACACAGUCGGACGAGCUUUACGCCACAUUGUUCGGUAGGAGAUUUUUCUCAGCACAAGUGUUGGGCCAACCUCGCAACUUGUUUAAUUUUUUAAGACUUCAAGAACCACUUAACUGAAAAUAAUGAUUCACAUCCUGGCAUUUCUGCUGUUUAUUGCCCUGACCUUUCAAAGCGCAGUCGCAAUAAUAUAUGCCCCGAUCGGUUGCUACAAGGAUCCUUUGGAAGAGCCAAGACCUCUACCGGAGCUAAUAGAAAACUUUAGGGAUGGUCGGGUAAACUGGACAAAUUUGAAUCAUACCAUUGCUGCUUGUGCAGAAGCAGCGAGAGAGAAGGGAUAUCUUUACUUUGGACUUCAAUUUUACGGCGAGUGUUGGAGUGGUCCUCAGGAUAAAUUGAACUACGCUAGAAAUGGUUCUUCCAAGAAUUGUGACAAGGGUGUUGGGAAAGAUCGAGCAAAUUUCGUGUAUAAGCUGCCCGAAGAAUGCGUCAAUUACCAUGUUCUGGACUCAGCAGAUAGGUCAAUGACAAAUGAGAACAAACAAGGACUCAAGUGUGACCAUUGGAACUUUGGGUUUGUGAGAGAUGUCUGGUACAGAUUGACUGGCGCGGCAGGACAAACCAUGCCGGAUAAGUGUGUUUCGGCAGGGAAAUGCCAGACCAUAAUGAGUGGAUGGAUGGAUGGAAAACAUCCCCAGGUUGAUGAUGGAAUUCAAAAAAGAAAAGCAUGUUUUAGCGCGGAGAAUAAUUGUUGCAAACGCAAGACUGAUAUUCACGUCAGAAACUGUGGUGAAUUUUAUGUAUACAAGCUUCCAAGCACACCUGGCUGUUACCUUCGAUACUGAGGGAGCGGUGUCAGCCAGAACAUGAAUGCGUGAUUGACUGUGGUGGCACUGGAUGAUCGCGUCUCUCAAAAUUUCUGGAAAAGCUUUGGAAAACUAAGUAGCUUUUAUACUGCAUUAUUUGAAAUUGACAAAGAAACACGUCAACAAAAGGACUGUAACACCAGAAAAAAAUUGGAAACAGAUAAAAAAGAACAGUCACUUCGUCAGUUGUAUUUAAGUUCACACACUGAGCAACCAGGUAGACAAUCAGACAUGGUUUGAUGCUACUCUGUUUUAAAGAUUUAAUGAAUAUAACCGAAAUUACAAUUCAUCGA